AUCGAUACUGAUAGUGAUACUAAUCAUAUCUAAUCUGGAUUUGUAUGUGUAUAAAUCGAAUCUCGUUACGAAAAGUGAGGUGUUUGAUGUGAAAGGGGCGAUAAGCGGAUAGAUCAGAGAUGUCGGAGUUUACCGGGGACGGAGUUGUGACGGGGGCGCCGGACUGGAGUUCCGGCGACGGUGGUGGCAAUGCGCGACCGCCGCAAGCGGACUCUGGUGCAUCAGUGGCUCCGAAUCCGUUGACUGCAUCGGCUUCGUUUAAGGAAGGGAAGGCGUCACGGCGGAGGACGUCGGCGAGGCGGAGUCUUGACGCGGAUGACUUCAUAAACAUGCUACAUGGCUCGGAUCCGGUGAAGGUGGAGCUCAAUCGGCUUGAGAAUGAGCUCAGAGAUAAGGAGCGCGAAUUGUUCGAGUCUCAAGCGGAGAUAAAGGCUUUGAGGCUCUCUGAGCGCUUAAGGGAAAAAGCUGUGGAAGAGCUCACUGAUGAAUUAGCAAAGGUGAAUGAAAAGCUCAAACUGACAGAGUCUCUUCUUGAAAGCAAGAAUCUUGAAAUUAAGAAAAUCAAUGAUGAGAAGAGAGCCUCCAUGGCUGCUCAGUUUGCUGCAGAAGCCACACUUCGGAGGGUUCAUGCUGCUCAAAAAGAUGAUGAUAUGCCUCCAAUUGAAGCAAUUCUUGCGCCUUUGGAGGCUGAACUUAAGUUAGCUCGACAAGAGAUUGCAAAGCUUCAAGAUGAUAACAAGGCAUUAGACCGUCUUACCAAAUCGAAGGAGGCUGCUUUACUCGAAGCUGAGAGAACAGUGCAGUCGGCAUUAGCGAAAGCCUCAAUGGUUGAUGAUCUCCAAAACAAGAAUCAAGAGCUUAUGAAACAAAUAGAGAUUUGCCAGGAAGAGAACAAAAUAUUGGAUAAAAUGCAUCGGCAAAAGGUUGCAGAGGUUGAAAAGCUUACCCAAACUGUGCGCGAGCUUGAGGAGGCUGUUCUUGCUGGUGGUGCCGCCGCUAAUGCUGUUCGAGAUUACCAGCGCAAAGUUCAAGAGAUGAAUGAAGAAAGAAAAACUCUUGACCGGGAGUUGGCUCGUGCAAAGGUUACUGCAAAUAGGGUUGCUACAGUGGUUGCUAAUGAGUGGAAAGAUUCUAAUGACAAAGUAAUGCCGGUAAAACAAUGGCUUGAAGAGAGAAGAUUCUUGCAGGGAGAAAUGCAACAAUUACGAGAUAAGCUUGCAAUUUCUGAACGAGCCGCAAAGUCAGAAGCCCAGUUGAAAGUUAGUUAUUAUUUGCCUUGCCCAAUGGAANCCUGAUGGGAGAAGUUCAAGCAAUGGUGCUUCACGCCGGCAAUCACUAGGUGGAGCAGAAAAUAUUGCAAGAUUGGCUUCUAAUGGCUUUUUGCCCAAACGAUCACCAACCCUACAUCCAAGGUCUUCUGGGAUGAGUACUGUGCUGAAGCAUGCAAAAGGGACAUCAAAGUCAUUUGAUGGUGGCUCAAGAUCAUUGGACCGGAGCAAAAGCCUUCUUACAGGUACUGGACCAAAUUUUAAGCUCACUCAGUCUUGUGAUGGAGCUAAGGAUUCCACAACUGAAAAAGCAUGGCAAGGAAAUCAAGAUGAAAAACCUAAUGACCUGCAAGUAAGAGAAACUGAGGAUACUGUCCCGGGAAUAUUAUAUGACUUGCUACAGAAGGAGGUGGUUUCUAUGAGAAAAGCUUGUCAUGAAAAGGAUCAAAGUCUAAAAGACAAGGACGAUGCAAUCGAGAUGUUAGCUAAGAAAGUAGAGACACUAACAAAAGCUAUGGAAGUUGAGGCCAAAAAGAUGAGAAGGGAGGUUGCCGCAAUGGAAAAAGAAGUUUCUGCAAUGCGAGUGGAGAAGGAUCAAGAGAAUAGGGCCAAGCGACUUGGAAGUUCAAAGGCCCCUGUCAUUAGCUCUCAGCUGAUUCCUGGGAGGAGUGGGAUGGCAAGAAGUAGUAGGGUAACACGCACCACGCAAUAAGCAGCUCUGUGUAAAUCGGCUUCUGCUAUGGUAUUCUUUUACGCCUUCAGUGGUCUAUUGUAAAAUUUGUAGUGUGUUAUGGUUGGUAACCUUAAAAGUAUGUCAAGAGAUGAACCAACAAACAAACAAAAAAAAACAUAUAGAUGUGAUUUGCUUUCGUUCUGAGUUCUGACAUAGCUAUGACCCCUCUCUGCUAAGAAACUAGUAACGAAAGAAACUAAAAGCGCAAUCGAAGUUGUUGACCUAACUUUUUUGUAAGAAAAAAUCUUAGCAAUGGUGGUCGUGUGGGAUGUAUAGGUAGAGCUUCUUUUGGCAUUCAUCUUGCCAAAAGCUUAUUACUUUAGAGUCUUGUUUGCAGUCUGUAUUU